GCUGCCCACACAGCACACAGAGUUGGACAGGAGGUGUGAAAUAUUUAAAACGAAGGGAAAAUUGAGGUGGAACAGGACAACGAAUUAAUAUUUUCCGGUGAGUUUGUCAGAGGUGACAGAUUACUAAGACACUGAAAGCAACUACCAUGGGAAAUACUACCAGUAGCGCAAUAUCAAAGGAGAUCCUGCAGGACCUCAAGCUCAGCACCAAAUUCACUCAAACUGAGAUCUCCCAGUGGUACGAGAACUUUCAGAAGCAGUGCCCCACGGGACGCAUCACACCGGGAGAGUUUGAGCAGAUCUACACCCGCUUCUUCCCUGACAGCGACGCCAAGAGCUACGCACGACAUGUGUUUCGCUCCUUCGACACCAACGAUGACGGCACUUUGGACUUCAAGGAGUACAUCAUCGCACUGCACAUGACUUCCACCGGGACGACGUCACGGAAACUAGAGUGGGCCUUCUCACUGUUUGACGUGGACAAGAACGGAUACAUCAGCAAGACGGAGGUGACGGAGAUCUGCCAGGCCAUAUUUAAGCUGAUCCCCAAGGAGGAGCAGUGCAAGCUACCAGAGGAUGAGAACACACCCGAGAAAAGAGACAAGCUGUGGUCGUUUCUCGAAAAGAAAGACAACGAGCGACUGGCCGAAGGAGAGUUCAUCCAAGGAGUGAUUGAAAAUGAUAAUGCAAUGCGUCUUAUCCACUACCAACCAAUUAAACAAUAAAGUCAUUCCUACUUCGCCCACUCUCACUUGGCCCCAGAUGCCCCCCCCCCCUACUACCUCUCAACCCCUCUGUGUAAAUACUCUUUUCUCCAUUGUUGUUCAUGUUAUAUGGAUGAUACAUUUAUAUCAAGUUAAAAGACUAAAAUAUAGGCACAUCAUGUCGUAGUGUUUAUAGUGUGUGUACAGAUCAAAAUAAGAUUAUGGUUAUUAUUGAUGCAAUACAUAUUAUAUUAUAUAUAUAAAGAAUGUGCACGAUAAAUAUAGUCCUAUUGUUAAUCUUUUAAAUGGUUGAAAUUUAAUUUUGGCUGCAGAUAAAUGAAUGGUAAUGACAACUAUUUAAGUAUCACACCUGAUUGUUAGCUCAUUCUUUUUAUUUUUACAGAACUGGAAAUGUCUUAAAAGAAGUCGUAGCUCAUUAAAGGUUUUCUCAAAAAUC